AUGGUGGAACAAACCAGACCCACUGAUGAUGAAGUCUUCAAUAAAGCCACAGCCACUAUGACCACAAGGAACAGACAUCUGGAUCCACCACGCUACCACCGCAGCCGCAGAAAAGAAGAAAAGGAUAUCGAUGCAGUGAUAGAGCAAGCGAAAGAGGCUGGACUUCUAGCUCUUGUGGCAGUAACGGAGCAUUCUGGAGAAUUUGAAAGGCUUGUAGAACUUUCAGAUAGAUACUCAGGAUUUGUGCUACCAUGUCUUGGUGUUCAUCCAGUGCAAGAAAAUCCACCACAAGGACAGCGUGCAGCCACUUUGCAGGAUUUGCAGACUGCACUUCCACUAAUAGAAAAAUAUAAAGAAUAUUUACUGGCAAUUGGAGAGGUUGGAUUGGACUUCACGCCGCGAAUUGCCUGCACUGAGGCACAGAAAAAUGAACAGAGAAAGGUCUUCAUUGAACAGAUUGAAAUUGCAAAGCAACUGGAUUUACCUUUGUAAUGUAGAACUUUAUUUCUGUGAGAACUGAGAGAUGGGGUAUAGGAAAGUCCAAGCUACCUGCUAACUAUUCAUGGCAGGAAAAGAUGAUUGUACAGGCUGACAAUUCAAAUUUAUCAGCUGUUUGAUAUUACAACUAUGUGGUUAAUAGUAUAAUGAAACAAACUAUUUAUUUUUCCAAACUCUCCCAUCUAUUUUCUUACCACUGUUAGUAAUAAUGCUAUAGUACUUACAUUGUGCCUCAUCAAGUUGCAGUUUUCUUUGAACAGAUACAUAAUAUAAUCAUGCCUCAGAAUUUGUACGAUGAAGUUGUUUGCUGAAGAAGCCAGGUAUACUUUAGAGCCAUAAUUCCUAGUUUGAGGAAUUAUUAAAAUUAGAGACCUCAUUAUACAAUUUGCUGGAUUCCAUGCACCUCCAGCUAAAAGGUGAAGGGAACCUGUUGAGGGGAACACUGGUCACCCUGCAGCCAUUAAAUGGCCAAUUGAACUGUGUCCCAAAGUGCUGGAGAAAAACCUGCCUUUGAUUGGUUGAUAGCUUCUGAAACCAGACUUUCUGAUCCAGGAGUUGUAGAAGUCUCACCUUCACUUGUUAACAGAUAAUUGCCCUUCAGCCCUUUUGGAUCAGAAGUCACACCUGAAUCAGAGGCUGGGAGCUCUUCAACACUUAGGGACAGAGGUGUGCAGCAUUGGAUCAGGUUUUGGGGCACUGUUUGGGGACACACUGGGUCUCAUGCUGGCAGGCCAAAGAAAGAGACUGGGGUUUGUGCAGGCAUGGGGGAUUGUCAACCUGGGAUGGGGGUAUUAUGUUACACCAAAGGGUGACCUCUGAUGGAACCAGGGACCAGUUAAGAAGGGCCGUGCCUGACCCUUCCCCAUGCAAGGAAAUCUGUUGGUGUGUCUGCUUGGCAUGGCUUUCUUCUGCUGCCAGUUAAAUCCUGGAAAUGGUAGGAUGAGGCACUCGAGUGAGCUUUAAUUAUCCAUUUAGGAACUUCAGUUGGUCCACUGGCAGAUGAGUUUCCUGAUGCCAGCCACAUCACUGGUAUAAUUACUUUGGCGGCAUAGGCAGGAAGGUGGUGGGCAAGCUCCAUUCUGCAUUUUAGAGUCCUCUACCUUCAAAGUGAUUGGCAGGGUGGUGAUAAAUGCAGCUCUUUAUGAUCUGCACCUUUGUGGACCAGAAAUUUCUGAAUUAGCCAGUUUAUCCUGGGGUUCCACAAAACAUCAUAUGGAGUGAUGUACUACAGUAGUAGUUUUAUUCAGCUUCAAAUGCCAAUACACAGGAUUCUAAAUUCUAAACCCAUCGUAAAUUGCACUGUUUAAAAGUUGUUCACCUAUUUAUCAAAAUAGAAAUAAUGGUCAAAGAGGCAGUGCUUACUGAAAUGUCUUGUAGAACCUUUCAGUGCAUCUUAGGAGAUAAAGCAGCUAUUGUAAAACAUAAUGUUAAAGUUAUUUUCAGAAAGCCUGCUCCCUAUUUUAUUUCAAGGUAAUUAUUAAAUAAGAUUUAAAGGCUGCAUAAUAGUGAUGGAUAGUUAAACAACUAACGGAAGAAGGAGGCCCCAUGAACACCCCCAUCCCUAAUGUUGAUGAAGCCUGCACAUGAGCACAAAAGAUUAAGUUAAAAUGUUAGCAACCCUCUUCAGCCAGAAGGUACAAGUAGAUCCAUCUUGACCUCCACCUGAUGCCCACACCAUCAUGGAUGCCAAACAUGGGCCAAUUUGAUUCACUUCACAUGAUAUCAACAAAUGGUUUAAUGCAAUGGAUACAUGGAGCAAAAGGUGUGGACCCUGAUAACAUCCUGGCUUAAGAUCUGUGCUCCUGAACUGCCUUGUCCCUAAUCAAGCUCUUCCGGCACUGCUACAAUAUUGGCAUACAUCAAGAGAAAUGAAAAAUUGCCCAGACAAGAACAGGAUAAAACCAAUCUUUCCAACUACCACUCUUAUCACUGUAUCAAUUAUUCUCAAUUAUAAGAAAAGUACAGAGCGAUAUGGCGUACUGCGCUAUCAAGCACGUAAUAACCUUUUCACUGACUCUGCGAGACUACCUGGCUCCAGACUUCCAUAGACCAGUGGUAAACAAGAUCAAAGCUGAAUUCCAGAGUGCGGUGAAAGUGUUCACCCCUGAUGUCAAGGCAUCAAGAAUCCCAAGUAAAAUUGAAAUGAGAGGAAAUCGGGAUAAAACCUUCCAUUGACUGGAGUUGUUUCUAGCACAAAGAAGGAUUCUUAUAAUUGUUGAAGACAAUGUAUCUCAACUUCAGAACAUUGCUGCUUGAGUUCGUUAGUAAUGUCCUAGGAUCAGUCAUUUUUGACAGCUUCAUCGAUUACCUUACCUCCAUUAUGAAGUUGGAAGUCAGGAUGUCUGCUAAUGCUUGCCUCGUGUUCAGUUUCAUUCACUGCUCCUCAGUUAAUGAAGUUGCCCAUGACUAUUUGCAGCAAGACCUCGACAAUUUGGGCUUCAAAGUGGCAAGUGACAUUCAUGCUAUACAAAUGCCAGGCAAGAUCCGGUCGAGGAGGUGUACAAGUUGGAAAAUUCCCCUUCAGGGCCCAAAAAGGAAUUGGAUAAGUGCCUAAAAAUAAAUGCUGUUAUAGAAGAAGUGGACUGGGGAAGUCAGACUAGCCAUGUUGUUCUUGCAGUGAUCUGGCAUGAAGACAAAUGGACACAAUAAAGGCAACACGCUUGCACCUGGUAACAAGAUGGAAUUUCUGAUGCACGACCACCUGAGUCCGCAAAGGUACAAGGACAUCAUUUCCAGCUGGGCAAUGUGAGUCCUAGAUGGGACGUGAGACAUUUGUUAAUUCGUAACAUGACAGCUGAGCGGAGAGAGCGUAAGAGAGACAGCUCAAGAGGGAGAGGUGGUGGUAAAACCCAAGGAAAGCCACUGGAGUCUUGAGUAUGUUGCGGUCAGGUGAUGGGGGCUCCCACGUUCCCUCCAUCUUCCCAUUGUAGGUUGCUGCAGUCCUACUCCUAGCCUACAUUGCAAAUAAACUUUCCAUUUUAUAGACUAAUUCUAACAUCCUACCCCUGACAACACCCCCCCUAGACACUGCACCCAGGAGGUUGGAGGCCAAAUCAGCUGUUAUGACUGGAUAUGUUCCUGCACUGACCACCAGUCUUAGUUCGUAUGUUGGAAGCAUCUGGAGCAAAUGAAGAGGCUUUCCCUUUUAAAAGUGACUUGUGGAUUUAUUUACAUAUGAACAGAUGAAUCAGGAGCAGAAGCUAUUCAGCCUUCAAGCCUGCUCUGCCAUUAAGUGAGGUCAUGGUUAAUCUGUUAACCUGUUUGUGCCUUAUUUACUUCUCUUUUUGAAAAUAAGUGCAAGUCAGUAUUUCAGAGUUUGUCUGACUGCUGCAAGAUGUGUGAGAGUAAAAUAAUGUUAUUUUGUCAGUCUAAGACGUUAGUGCAAAGGAUUGUAUAGAAAAAUAAUUUACCUAUUUUAUCUUGACAUUAUUAUUUAAAGUGCGUUUGAUGCAGAUUUUAUUAGAAUUGGUCAGCAUAGGAGAAAUUAAGGUUGAGGGAAUAAGGCACCUGAAACAUUAUUAGUAUCAUGGUCCAUUAUUUCUCUCCCAGGCCACCAUUUCCACCAUUGUCUUCUCAAGUGUAAUUAGGGAUGGGCAAUAAAUGCUAGUCUUGGCAGAGAAGUCCAGAGCCAGUGAAUCAUUGCCUUUUAAAAAUGGCUUCCUCUUGUACAUGAUCUACAUGCUGAAGAAAGAGGAGCAAUUUGAGAUCGUAAGGAAAGUCAGUUUAAUCAUGUAGUGCCACAGGAGAGUCAGACCACUCCACCACUACAAAUCCAGCAUUAUCUGUAAAUGAAGGCUACAUUCUGAGAUAUUUCCCAGAAUCCUUAUCUCAAGUUACCACUCUCUAGAUAGUCCGUACAUUCUCACAUUCCGAUCACUUAAUCUGAACUAUCAACAACUUCUCUUCCCCAGCACUCCUUCCAACGCUAUAGCAAAAAUGCUGUCCCCUCCACACUUCAGCUCAGUUCUGAUGAGGAGUCGUUUAGACUGAGGAUGUUCUCUUGCUCUCUCUCUCUCCCUGGUUGCAGCCUGACCUGCUGUGAUCUCCAGUAUUUGUUGUUUUCAGUACAGAUUCCAGCAACUGCAAUAAUUUGCCUCUAGUCCAUGCAACCUACCUCUUUCAGUAUCCUUUAGUUAGCCCUCCUAAUAUUUCCUUCAUCUCUUUUGAUUAGACAUAUGUAGAGUCCUGUGAAGUGAAUUUCUUCAUUAAGUAUGUUAAUUAAUGAAAAUGUCUGUUCAAUCAUGAAACUUUGAGCAUUAUUUGACUGUCUCAUCUCACAAGGAUUUGUUUCCUCUCAAAUUCUAAAUGAUCUAUCUUUAAAAUCCUUGUUCCUUACCUUGCUAUAGCAUGUGAUCCUGUGAUAUAACACCUGUUUCCCAAUGUCAGAAUACAAAACCAAACACCAAUUCAAAUGAUUUCUUACAACAUCUUUCACAAGUCAUCAUUUGUUCUGUCACAGUGGGUAUCCCUCAUGGCCAUUGUUAUUGCAAAUAAUUAUGGCCCUGGUGAUGGAAUUGACAACUUUCAUUAGGUUCCCAGGUCCUGGGUGGGCAUGAGAGAGCUUGACUCUGCAUCGUGAGGUCCUUAGCAGGGUCUGCUGCUGCUUCUACCAGGAGAUAUUGGAGUGCUGUUAUAUGCUGGUGCCAUGAGGGAAUGCAGCUUACUAGGAAUCUCCAUUGAUGCUCAGAAAGAUUUUGAUUUCAGGCACUUAGUCCAUUAACAGACUUUGUGAAAGAUAAAGUUCUUGGGAGACAGUCAAUCAAAUAUCCUGUGAGUUCCUUUGUAUCACCUACACAUGCAUUGAAAUAACAUGGAAGUUAAGUGUGUCCUAUUUCAUUUUGCCAGGGAAUGUUGUUUGGAUACAUUUUUGCUGAUUAGUUCUGCUUGGUUUUUACCAAGAAAGUGCUGAUAAAUCAGUGGCAAUUAAAUCAUCUGAUGUAAAGCCACAUACACUGAGAAAGCAUUGACAUUGCAACGCAUCCAGUGAUUUUUGGCGCAGUCAUUAUGAUUGAUGUUAACCCAGCGCUCGAUAUACUUAAUUCAAUUUUGAAGAUCAUAGGGGUGAUUUUGACUUUGGAAAAAUCAAAAGUGAUGGUCUAAUACCUGUUUUCCAUUGUCUCUAAACUCAAAUUUACAGCACAUAAUCAAAGUUACCAUGAGGUGUUCAUUUCAAAUGGCUGCUUCCAAAGUAAUGGUGCCUGCAACAUUGGUGGAAGCUUAUAGCACCACUGUAAAAUGUUUGAAUUUAAUUUGGCAGUGUUUCCUAUCAUGCAUUUCUCCAGGAUAUGAUGAUUUCCAGCCUGGGCAUUAAAAGAAAUAGAUAAGAAAUUUGCAGAUGCCUUAAUAAUAAUCUUGAAAAGAUGCCUUGAUUUCAGAAUUGUGCCAUUGGGUUGAAAAAAUUGCCAACAUUUCCCCAUUAUCAAAGAAACAUGAGAAAGAGGAUCAACUAACUACAAGUCUGUUUGUCUAACAUCAGUUGUGGAGAAGAUAUAAGAAUCUGUCAUUAGGAACAGAGUGAUUGGGCACUUGAGAAGAUUUGAGUGGGCUAGAGAUAGCAUGGAUUUCUAAUGAGUAAAUUGUAUCUGACUGAUUUUAUUAAUUUUUUUAAUGUUAUUAAAGUGGUAGGGAAGGCUUGGCCAUCGAUCCUAUCUGUAUGAAGUUUCAGAAGGCACUUGAUAACGGCACAGAGAAAAGUUUUAUGAGCAAAACUGAAAGCAUACCAGAUUGCUGGUAGCCACUCCAUAUCUUGGAAAUUGGUUAGGAUGUAGGAGAGAGAGAGCAGAAAUAACAGUUGGUUAUUCUGAUUGGUGAGUUGCAACAUAUGGUGUUUCCUGGGGAUGUAUAUUGCACAAUGAUUUGGAUGAACUGAUAAAAACAUAUAUCAAAGUUUGCAGGUGACAUUUCAAUUGGGAGAAAAAAUAAGUAGUACAGUUGACAGCAGGAAACUAAAUAGUGAAUAGAAAAAAUGAAUGGGCAGAACUGUGACAAAUGGGAUUCAUUGUGGGAGUACGUCCUGUUUGAUUCUUAAGAGACAAAAUGAUAUUUUCUACAUCCUAACCAAUUGUAAAAAAACUCUAAGGACUCUAGAGAAGUAGAGAUUUGAAUGUCCUUGCAUAGAAAUCACUGCAACUUUUUGAAUAGAAUCAAAAAGAUUAUUGGAAUCUUGGCCUUUAUUUCAGGGGUCUUGAAUACAAAUGAGUAUAAGUUAUGGUUAAGUUAUGCAGAGCUUUGGGCAUAUCCCAUGUGCAGUAAUUCAGUCAGCUUUAGGCACUUCACAGCAGGAAUAAGAUGUCAGCCUUGUUGGGGAUGUAAGGCAAUACUAAUACUAAGGCAAUAAAUGUUAAUUUACAAGGUUGUAUAAACUUUUCUUAUAUUUGCUUUACUGUUGAAGAAUGAGAGGUGAUCGAAUGUUGGCUGAAUUUUCUGAGGAAUGGCAAUAUCACAUGUUACCACUCCACCCCUUUUUUACAAAAGGAGGGAGCUCUAUAUUACUGACAGGAGAUUCCGAACAGGGCUCCUUCAGGAAUACGGAGUUGUAUUUCCAUUCUGACAGUUUUCUCAUAAUGCAGAACUGUCAAGGGAAGGCAAACCAUGCCCUCCUCCUUCCCCUUUUACAAAGCAGUCAUCUGUAGUAUUCUAAGGUUAAAAUGUUCGGGAUCACAGACAGCCACUUUGACAGCUGUUGUAAAAUGGUAAAUUCAGAAGGUAAGUGUGAGGUUAGGUGCCCGGAGAGUAGGGCACCAUAUGGGUAGGGGAUAGGGUAAGAAGUAAGGAAGGUGCUAGUGUGCCGUGUAAAAAGGGUGCCAACAGGAUAAGUUGCCUUCUGGAUAGCGGGUAUAGGUGCAAGAAGGUAGGGUAGCAGGUGGGCAGGAUACCAUCGGUAGGGUUUAGAGUGGAAGAAGGUAGGGAUCUAGGUAACUGAUGGAGUGUUUAGAGUCAGUCAAAGUGGGUGGGAGAAGUCACAUCCAGCAGGGGAGGGUGGCCAAUCAGGUCAGGAGUGGGGGAAAGCAAUUCAGGUCCUAGGGAGCAGAGGCAGAUUGGAUCCAGAGCAGGGAAAGGACAGCCAUACGAGGUGUAGGGCAAUCAGAUCUGGAACAGAUGACUUGGAUCAGCUCCCAGGGGAUGAAGGAG